AUGCUAGCACAGAUUUUAGGUCGGUCGAUAAUAGCGAGACACGGCAAAGAAGUGCCAACUCCAGAUCGAACUUUGCGUUUUACAAAGGAUGGCACGUUCCAAAUAAGUGUCUUCGAGGACUUGCAUUUCGCUGAAGAUGCUAGCAAAGAUAAUAAAACAAAUGGUGUGAUGAAAUAUGUCCUCUUCAAGGAGAAUCCACAGCUCGUUGUCAUCAACGGCGACUUGAUUUCUGGCGAAGCGGUAAAAAUUUCCAAAUCAAACAACUACCUCGACCAAGUUGUCUCUCCCCUUGUGGACGAGGGAUACGUCUGGGCUUCAACCUACGGAAACCAUGACAGCAAUCCCAAUCUUGAUCCGCGGCAGGAUAUCUAUGAUCAAGAAAAACGCUACAAGAACAGCCUCACACAAAGCUUGGUGGACCAUUCAGAUGCGGGUAUUACGAACUAUUAUCUGCCAGUCUUUUCUCACAAUGGAUCUGAAAGCGACACGCCAGCCCUUCUUCUGUGGUUCUUUGAUUCAAAAGGUGGACGUGAGCCCACUAACCGAGUAUCGAAACGAAAUUCAGUCAAUCGGCCCGACUGGGUUGAUCAAUCUGUAGUUGAUUGGUUCAUCGAGACAAAUUCCAAUCUCAGCGACAAGUAUGGGACAACGAUUCCCUCAUUAGCCUUCUACCACAUCCCCGCAGAUGCAAUGCGUGUAUAUCAAGACAACGGAGUCAAUUCUCAUACUUCUCCUGGAAUCAACGGGGAAACAGUUGUUCAGCAGGGAGCUGGUGAUACAGACUAUACCGGUCAAGAUAAGAAUUUUAUGAAAGCUCUAUUGAACACAUCAGGACUUAUGGCAACAUUCAGCGGUCACGAUCAUGAAAACGAUUGGUGCUUCAAAUGGGAUGGAGAAACUGUUGCUCAGAAUCUAUCCGGAAAUGGCAUCAACAUGUGCUACGGUCGACAUACCGGAUACGGUGGAUAUGGCAAUGCUAAGCGGGGUGGAAGACAAAUUAUGCUCAAUGAAGAAACGCUACAUGAGGAUGUUGAAACUUGGAUUCGAUUGGAAGAUGGUACAAUCUCAGCACAUGUCACCUUGAACGGGACAUAUGGUCACGACAAAUACGCCUCUGCUGCCCGGAAAAUGACCAGAGGGAUAGAAACUCGGAGUGGAGGAUUAUCUAACUUUCACCCUUCCGAAUCACUACUAUACCUGUUGUAUCUAUGGCUGCCGAUCGCCUUAUUUUGGCACUGGAAACAGUGA